GUGAAAGAACCCGACAGACAAACAAGGGCUAUAAUUUCCUCAUGCCCGGAGUCUCGUAGAACAGUACUUGAAAAAGAAUUAAAGAAAACAGAAAUACAAGCGAAAAGAGUGCGACUUUAUUUGCUGUAUGCAUAUAUAUUUAGCACCAGAUCGAGGCAGGAAUCUCAUGAGAGUUUUUCUCCGGAAAGAGUUUCACUUCUUACAUCUCUCUCAGGGUUUUACUCUUUUCAAGGGGAAAAAACAUUGAAAGAAUGACGAAAUGAAUCUUUAAGAUCUGGAAGUGAUUGGAGAAAACUUGAAAAAGCUACAAUGGAUGGUGUGGUUCAGCUGCAGAAGCAGUUGGUUGACUACAUAGCCUCACUCUUUCAUGAGGGAUUUCUGGAUGAGCAGUUUAACCAGCUUCAGCAAUUGCAAGAUGAGAGCAACCCAGAUUUUGUGGUGGAAGUUGUAUCUCUCUUCUUUGAGGAUUCUGAGAGGCUUCUCAAUGAACUGGCCAAAGCUCUUUGGGUUCCUUUUAGAUCUUCUUCUUCUUUUUUUAAUCCAAAUAUCUUAUUCAGAGAACAAGAGACUAUAGAUUUUAGAAAGGUGGAUGCCCAUGUUCACCAGUUCAAGGGCAGCAGCUCCAGUAUUGGCGCGCAUAGGGUUCAGAAUGUCUGCAUUACCUUCCGGAAUUACUGCGAGGAGCAGAAUGUUGAAGGAGUAGAGCCUUGGCAUAGGUGUCUCAAAUGUCUGCAACAAGUAAAGCAUGAGUAUUCCCUUGUGAGAAACAAGCUUGAAACUCUGUUCCAGCUUGAGAAGCAGAUUAUAGCUGCCGGUGGAUCACUUCCGGCCACAUAGUGAGAUCAAGUAUAGCUAGCUAGCUAGCUAGCUAUAUCUCUCAACGAGAGUCCAAUAUUGGAUUUUAAGUUUGUAGAAAGUUGUUCAUUUAUUUCGUGUUAAGUUUUCUGCACGUCUAAGAUCAUGCUGAAGGGUUAAUCCAUGAGCUCGCCGGGGAGUGAAACGCUUAUCAUGAAUUACUUGAGAUUAUAUAUGGAUCAGUGAACAAAGAAUGUGAAUAAACCCUUUCCAUUUCGUCUCCAAA